UUAAGCUAUCCUAAUCCAUCGCUGCAUGUAAAAAAUGUAUAUAAGAAGCUCAAUUGCAACGUAGAUGUCCAGUGUUCGCCACGAUCACACCGGGACUAAUGGUGCUAUACGGGAGGAGAUGAUCAAUAUGUUAGACUCCAGUGCCAAAAUGGAACAGCAACAGAUAAAGAGAGACAAGAAUUCACUCUGUGAGGAAUUUUAUCUGUUCGGAGAUACCAGCUCAGUUCACGGGAUCAAAUAUGUGACGGAACCAUCUUCAGGUUGUUUUAGGCGGCUGUUUUGGUUGCUGUUGCUUUUGGUGUGUCUUGGAGUACUCGUGUACCAGAUAAUAGACCGUGUCUGCUAUUUCAUCAGUAACCCUGUCACAGUAAACGUCCAGGUCAACUAUAACAGUUCACUCAUCUUCCCUGCAGUGACAAUAUGUAACCAAAACGCUUUCAAGGCGACUUUAGCAGCUGAAGCAGGUCGGUAUAAAUUGAUCGAAGAUAUGUUUACUGAACCUGAAAAUUUUAAUUCAGAGAGUCUUAAAAAAUACUCUGCUGGGAAUACAACUCUAAAGGAUCUCUAUUUACAAGGCGCACAUAAACGCAAGGAUUUCUUGUUCAAGAUAGUUUGGAUGGGUCAAACAUUGACAGCAGACGACUUUGAACAAUACGUCACAGAUCAUGGCGUCUGUUAUACUUUUAAAAGCAGCGAGGAUAAGGUGUCCUCACCAGGUAUUGAGAAUGGUCUACGUCUGACGCUAAACAUUGAGCAGUAUGAGUACAUGCCGGGCCCCCACGACGCCGCAGGGAUAAAAAUGCUCAUACACGACCAUAAGGAUAUCCCAAUGGUACACGCUCUUGGUCAGGCCAUUUCACCUGGAUCUAGGGUCUUUGUGGGAAUGAAAGUCAUAGAGUUGGAGAACCUUCCAGAACCUCACGGUACUUGUCAAGAGAAGACAUUGGAGUACAUAGAUUUCUAUAGUACGGAUGCCUGCCGGUUGGACUGUUUGACGAAAAGAGCGAAGAAAAUCUGUGGAUGUCGGGCCUUGUACAUGCCCCACAAAAAUGGAGAACCACCUGUGUGCAACCUAGAUCAGUACUAUGGGUGUCUUAAAAACGUCAUAGAAACCUUUCCAACAUUAUUUCAUAAACUAUGUUCUUGUCCCGUUUCAUGUAAGUUCCGUGUGUUCGAAACGGAUUUAUCAUAUGGUACAACGUCAGACUACAAUCUCAGAAAAUAUUUAUCUUCUAAUGACACCGUUAAUUUGGCAGAGGAUCUUUUAAAAGCCAGGGAAGUCACGUCUAGAUAUGAAGAUUCAAAAAUAUCAGAAGUGAAACAUUUUUUCCUUAACUUGACAACAAAUACUGAACAAGUUUCAUACGUGUACAAUAGGCUUGUGAAAAUGGUGGAUGAUUUAUUGAAUAAGAUAAACACGAUGUUCACAGAUAUAAAAAGCCAUUUUGACUUUAAGGAUUAUCUAUACAAAUAUCAAAUCUACAUAAUGGAGAAAAACUUUAUGAGAGCACGUGAUGCAAUGGAAGAACGUCAUAUGCACAUUGUUCCGCUAGCAUAUGCAGAGUAUAUAUUAGAAAUCGAGAAAACUAUUCGAAAACUCACUGAUCCAAAAUUUCAGAAUGAUUCUUUUCGACUUUUUCUCUAUGAAAACUUGAAAGAUAAGAUAGAUAAUAGAAUUGAAAUCAUCGAAAGGGUCAUGGUAAACUAUACAUCUUUAAACAAUGCUUACAAUACAGGGGCGAAAAUAUUUAAUUAUCAAUUUAUGGACACACCUCGGGAUCAUAAUGAUUAUGCAGCCCCUAAAAUAUUAAUGAAAGAUUCUUUGAAUCACAAUUUGUAUGCAAAUCAAUCAACAGAACGAUAUGAAAGACAUCUGAAUAGCACAGUGAAAGCGUUAUAUUUAUGUAAAGAUUUAGCAGAAGUCGCUUAUUACAGUGGAGUGGUAAAUGAGACAGAAUUGGGACUUUGUGUUGAAGAUUUUCGAUUUUCCAUGCGCAACUGGGUGUUUGCACGAAGUUUAUUUUACUAUGAAAUUAUAGAUAGACCUAAAAGGAUACUUGAAGAGAAACUUGAAAACUUUGAAGUUUUGUGGAAUGAAUUUCAGCUGCUGUUUCAAAACCUCAAUCAAAGUAUAUACUCAAUACAUUCUGAAAACGCUGAUUUUGAUGAGGAUAUGUUGAAACCAAUAGAAAACAUGAACAGUAACUUGGAGCGUUACUUAAAUGGAAAUGCAACAAAGCUGGAAGUAUCGCAAAUGUUUCUUUCUAACACAACGGAUAGUAUUCUAACAGAAUUCCAAUUUUAUUUUCAAAUGUUAAAAAACAGACAAACAUCCCUGACGGAUUGGAUAACCAGAUUACAGUUUAUUUCUAAAGAUAUUUGGGAGAAUAUUAUAUACGACGAAGAUUCGUGGGAAUAUUACGAGUUUCUCAAUAAAACUGAAUAUUUAACCAACUUUACAGAAGUUAUCACCGAUUUGAAUGAAAGCUUCACGUCAAUUCUAGACACCGUUAGAUUUUCUGAUGUGAUCGGAAGCAGAGACGCCCAGCUCUUAUCUACAUUCAAAAGCAUCGUAGUUCAUAUGAGAGAAUUUAAGACGUCUUUGAAGAUCGAUAGCAGUUUUAUCAGGGACAACCUUUUGCAGAUAAAUAUUUUCUAUCGAGAGAUGAGUUAUGAAAAAAUACAUCAGCAGAUUGCUUACAACAUGUUUUCACUUUGGUGUGACAUCGGGGGAACCAUGGGUCUGUUUCUGGGAGCCAGUUUUCUGUCCAUCAUAGAAAUUAUAGACUUCGUAUUACACAGAGGCAUUCAACGCAGAAGAAAAUCUUGAUUUUAUAAUACAUGUAUGGUUUACUAAUGGUUUGUCAAAUUUUGAAAUGUUGAAUGGACAAAUUUAGCAGCAAAAGAAUAAGUUU